AUGUCGAGUUUGAACGGCAUUGGCAUCCUCGAGUGGCUGCCUACCAUAAACGUGUUCAACAUAAGCAAAAACAUAUUCCCCCUGUACAUAAACAACCUCCAGCUCUGCUAUAUUAAGCUGAAAAGCAAUGAAAAGCACCCCGAUUGCAGCAAGAACAGCAACUUCUUCGGGUACACGCUCAACCGCCUCAACCUCAGGAUCGACAGCCUCACCAACUACUAUAUCAACUACAGCCAGUAUCAGAGUAUUCUGAAGACGAACCCGACGCUCAAGGAGUACAUCUCCUCCCUCACGGGCGAGGGCAACGAGGCUGAGAGCACUCUGAACAUCCCCUGGCAGCAGUACGACGACAUGCGGUACAUUCAGAACGUCAACAUAAACCACCUCGAGUACAUCAUUAAGCUGAUCAAGUCCAACCAGUUCUGGUUUGCCGGCGCCAACAGGGAGGGCAACUUGGCCAGCUACGCCAACAACAUCAACGUCUGCGAGAAGAACCACGACAAGUGGCUUUUGAGGAUCCUGCGUAAGAUUCAAAUGUCAAAGGAACUGUACAUUAACAGUGACAUUAUUCAAAUGCUGAAGCUUCCCAAGUGCCUGGAGAUCGCGAAAACGAUCAUAAAGGACGAGAAGUACAAGAAGCUUAUCAACGACUCGUUGUUGCUGCUGCAAAAGUCGUCUCAGUUUAUGUCAAACUGA